CCUAAACACCCUAUAACCAAAACCCAACCACACUCAUUUCAUCCUAUAAUAAUAAUAAUAAAUAUCGUAUUAUCAUAUCAUAAUAAUACCCCUUUAAUAUUCAAUCACCUCCAAAGGUUCAAACUUUGUGACACAAACAAUCAAAAGCUUACUCCUUUUCCUUCCCUUCAUCAAAAAAUUGCCCACCCCUUUCUUGGUUUUCCUUUUCGUUUGAGAUUAGAAUAAAGGGUCGUCAAAAAAAUUUGAUCACCUUCAACUUUGUCUUAUAAAUAGGAGGAAGAGAUAGUUUUUUCUGCUCUUUCUCUCUCUGUGUGAACCGGUUGAUUCUCUGCUUCAGCUUUUCACAAAGUAAAGACAAACAUGGCAAUGAUGCCUUACUACCUUUCUCGAUUACCUUAUCAGGAUUCCCUCCAAAUACUCGAAGCUGACAUACACCACGCUAAUUCUUUGGCUGCUGCAAUUCCUAGAACAAGAGGAGGGACUCUAAUUCAAAUGAAAUUGGUUUGCAAUCAAUUGGCUCCUCUUUUUCUAUUAUUUCUGCAAUGGAUGGAUUGUUCUUGUGCAGGAUUUUUGCACAGUUAUCUCAACCUCUUUCACAUACUUAUAUAUAAGGAAUCCAAUGAUGGUAGAUCAAACAUUUCUACUCGUGGAAGGAAAGCAACCAUUAAGGACUUCUAUGCUGUUAUAUUACCAUCUCUUCAGCGGCUUCACGGUAGCUUUGACAAGUUGGAGAGUUGUGAAGAAAAGAACUCAAGCUUAGAAGGUUCAAGUUGUGGCAAGAAAGUAGUAAUUGAAGGAGAUGUGAAACUAACCAAUGUUGAUUUGCAAAGAGAAGAUGAAUGUGGUAUUUGCUUAGAGCCUUGCACCAAAAUGGUUUUGCCUAAUUGUUGUCAUGCCAUGUGCAUCAAAUGCUACCGCAAGUGGAACAGAAAGUCAGAGUCGUGUCCGUUUUGCCGAGGUAGCUUGAGGAGGGUUAAUUCAGAGGAUCUAUGGGUAUUAACUUGUGAUGAAGAUGUUGUUGAUGCUGAAACAGUUUCUAAAGAGGACUUGUUAAGGUUUUACCUCUAUAUCAACAAGCUUCCCAAAGAUAAUCCAGAUGCACUUUUCUUAAUGUAUUAUGAAUAUCUGAUUUAAUUUUAAUUUUUUUUCACUAAAUAAGAAGAAGAAAAUAUGUACAUAUAGGAAAAUCCGGACCACAAAUGUGAAUAGAGUCUGGUAAAAAAAUUACUCUGGUGAUUUCAUCAUAGCACUUGUAAGAGAAAUUUCUAGGAAUUUUAGUCCUGGGAAACCAUUCUUGUUAGUCCUGUGAUGCUGAUGCAUUAUUGUAUACAUUGCUAUUACAAUUAACUUGGAAUUAUUCCUUGUUUGAGUUCUAAUGGCUAGCUAAAGUUUUCCAAGUUGAAACA